UAGUAUUUUCAAACCGCUAGCACCUACUCUACGGUUACAUCCGGGAACUUUUCCUAUACCUCAUUACAUCUGAGCUGGGCUUUCGCCACGGUGACCGUUAAGCUUUGAGAUUUAAAUUGUUUUUAUAAAUUCCAGCGUUCCGCGUGCAUGUCAGCUCGAGACUGGCCCAAAAAAAGCGUUGUUAUGGAAACGAGUCCCUCUUUACGACCAAUCGUAAAGCAGAAUGCGUAAUGGGAAAGGGGGGAGAGACAGGCGGCUCUUUUUUCUUUCUUCUCUCUCUCUCUCUCUGAAAGUGAAAACUCGAGCGAGAGGAAAGAUAUCUGCACCACCACAAACAAAAACGGGACUCCGGUGGUUUGAGAUGCUCCCAGAAGCGUAAAAGCGCGUUGAGCAUGAGGAGUGAAGGCGGCUUUAUAUCCUCCACACGCUGAUUGAUAAAUGCGGACCGGAAGUGAGUGUGUGAAACGCAACGCUUAGCGCGCGAGCAUGGGGACCUGGCGUGGCCCCGCGGUCUUCCUCUUGUGUUUCGCGGUGGCGCUGAGCGCUGAGCCCGCGUGCUGGCAGGCCGUGCUGCGGUGCCACGAGGAGCGCGAGUGCGAGCUCGCCUACACCCAGUACCUGGCCGCGUGCGACGGGAACAUCCGGGGCGCGCUGCGCCGCUGCCCGAGUCACUGCGUCGGCGCGCUCGUGAGGUUAAACCAGACGGCGCGCGGUCCGGACCUGGAGACGUGCGACUGCGGAGUCGACCCGGAGUGCCAGCGCGCCAAGCGAGCCAUCGAACCGUGCCUGCCGCGCACGCACGCACGCGAAGCCGGCGGUAUCGGGUGCACGGAGGCGCGGCAGCGGUGCGAGGAGGACGCCGUCUGCCGCGCCGCUCUGUCCGCGUACCUGGCGCACUGCGGGCAGCUGUUCAACGGGAGGAAGUGCUCGGCGCGAUGCAGAGGCACCAUCGAGCAGCUGCGCCUGCUGCCGGACGGCGCCCUGCUCGAGCGCUGCGUGUGCGACGGCGUGGAGCGGCCCUUCUGCGAGGUGGUCAAGGACAACAUGAGCCGCCUGUGCGCGCUCUCGGACCGCGGGCUCGCGCCCGACCAGGAUGUCCUGGAUGACGUCUACGAGGACGAGGAUUACGAGCUAAAAGUGGAGCGCGAGAUGGACACGGGUGCUGUGGUUUCGCCUUCACGUGCCUGGCGUUCCUCGGGCCAUCUGGCCCUGUUCCUGGGGUCACUCGCGCUGACCUUUCUCGGGGUUUGACUCGGGGAAAAGCUCUUCUGCGCAUGCCCAGAGCUCACUAACUCACUCAGUGUUUCUACAUGAUACAGACAUGAAUACUGCGAUUACAGUAUAUUGUUCCAUAUCGCGAUAUGCAUUGCGAUAUAUCGGGGAAACCUUUAUGUUCAUGGUUAAUGAUGGUCCUGCAUUAUUCUCAGUGGGAUUUGCAUGUACUGGGUCGUUCAUCCAAACACACAAAAACACUCAGGAUGACCAGAGUAUCCAAUAAAGCAAUUAUGGAUUAAUUAAGCAGCAUCUGUUCCACCAAAGGCUACUAAUAAUGCAAAAUAACAUUUCGCAAUUGAUAUACUGUGCAGCCAUCAUGGAGGCUUGACUGUCUGGUGUGGGUUUUGUUUUUUUGUUUUUGUUUAAUUAAUAACUGUCUUACAGAAACAUAAGAAAUGUUCCAAGAGUGAAGCUAAAAUCCUGGACCACUAUCAUAAUGCCUUAAGCUUCAAGAUUCAAAACUGACCCAGAGCCUUCAGUAGAGAGAGAGAAUAAAAACACAAACUAAACUCUACUCUGUCUUUCUCUUACUGUCUCCCUGUUCUUACUUCUUCUGGUCUGAUUUGUUUAAUCCAAGUGCUUCCUGAAGUGUAUCUUUUUUUUUUUUUAUGUAAGUAAGACUUGAGACAAACAGAGAACUCGUGUGCCGUGUGUUUGCGUACCUCUGGUUGCCCGUUUGCUCAUUGUCGGGAUGAUUACACUUCAAAUAUUUGCAGUGGACGGCGGGGGAAAAGAGCAGCUUUCAGGAUCAAGUUGUUAAAUUAAGUGGAGAGGCUCUUCACAGGCUAAUAAAUAUCCCCCUCCACUCACUGUCUAUUCUCUCUCUCUCUCUCUCCCUCUCUCUCUCUCUCUCUCUCUCUCUCUCUCUCUCUCUCUGUCUGUCUGUCUCGCCGCGGCUCAGUGAAUUAUCCCCUGGGGUGACCCCUUUCCUCUCUCCCGCUUUCCUUUCUCUUUUUCUCCUUCCCUCCCCCCAAAAGUAGAGGAAAUACUUGAUCUCUCUCUCUCUCUCUCUCUCUCUCUCUCUCUCUCUCUCCCUCUCGCUCUCUCUCGGUUCUGAGUUGGGCCUUUGUUUCUGGUAUAAAGUGGAUUUCUGUUGCACAACACUCUUGCAAUAAGCCAUUUUCUGUUUUGCUUGUGAUUUGUGAAAUAUAUAAAAAAGUAUAGAUGUUAUGCUUUUAUUUAAAAGCAGUAGUAUCUCUCCGUUUGUUUGUAAAGUUUGUAAGUCUGCUGAAUUUUUAGGUUUGCUUUGAGAAGGCACAUGAACGAACGAUAUCUAAAACAUCUGCUUGUAGUCUUCAGAAAGACAAAAGGUUUGUUUUUGACCCAAAAUGCUUUGAUUUAACUGUUUUAUCUGUUUUUUUUUUUUGUUUGUUUUUUUGAAUUCCUAAAUUUUGAAGCUUCUUGUCAUGUGCAUUUAAAUUAAGAAGUAACCGCAUUAGGUGCAUUAACAUUUUUAGAUUGAAUAUUGUUGAAAUGACUUUUGUUAUAUUGCCAUAAACGUUCUAUGUACAGAAAGCAAUAUAUUUAUGUUUUGAAAAUAUGAUGUAAUAAAAUGUUAUGUGAGAUAUUCACAUAAUUGGCUGUGCAGUUGGUUUGUAUAGUAGGAAUAUGAAAAGUUGUAAUAAAAUAUAAGUUAAUUCGUAGAAUAGUACGACUAAAAUUUAGCUAAGAUAAAAGUGAGUUUAUUGUAAAGAAGAUUCUUAUUCUUUAGAUAUUCUUCACUCCUUAAUGCAACUUUAACUAAUAUACAGACAGGUGACAAAUUAAAGGAAAAAAAAUAGCAGCUCUGUUAUUCUAGUCUUAUUCAUUUUGCUGGUGUGGUUUGGCUCCACUCGUCCCUAUGGAGGGAAACGUCACUGCAAAUCCAUACGAAGUUCUUCUGACUGAUCUUCAUAUCCUAUGAUGAAACAUUUCUAUACUGAUGGGCGUGGUCUCUUCCAGGAUGACUCCGCCCCCAUGUACAGGGCACAGUGUCUGACUGAGGAUGAAAAUGAUGUGAAUUAUACUUUAAUUCCUUCACACUCACUAGAUAUAAACGCAGUUGAACAUCAAUGGGAGAUUUUGGAGUAAUGUGUUAAGACCACGCUCUCCAUCAAAACACCAAGGAAAAACCACAAGGCUCACUGAAGCUGUUCUGGUGGCUCGUAGUGGUCCAACACCUUACCAACACACUUUAUGUUGGUUUUUUUCCCCGUUUGAUUUGUCACCCAUCUGUAUGUAUGUGCCUCUGUCAUGUUUGCAGCAGUCUAAGUGAUGAUGCAUGCAAUACACACAAGGCGAUUUUGCUGUGAAAACAACUCGGCAGAAACAUCUCAGUCACUCUGCCUCCUACCCUCGUCCCCUCCAGCCUGCUUCUGGGAACAAAAUCAAAACAAACAAAAGCAGGAGAGCUCUUCUCACUCAGGACCUGGGCCUUGGUGUCUCAUUUGUCUAGAUGCUGAGACAGACCAAUAUUUCACCCUUCCCUAUACACACACAGCUCUAGAGACCCUGAGAAAUGGUCGUUUCAGAUUUUAGUGUCUCGUGGGAACAAUGUUCUAUUCAUGACGGCGAUGUCAGAGGAAGAUGGAUACUGUGUGUAGUGAGACAAGGUUUUCCCCAUUCCAAGGUUUAACCCUUUUAGCCUUCUCUUCUGGAAGACAUUACAGUCCAUAUGCUAAGUGAAGCCAAUUAUGAGUACAGUGCUGCCUUUUGUGUGUGACAGAACGACAACAAGUGUGUCACUGGAGAAUAUGGCCAUGUAGGAGCGUCUCACUGACAUUCCCUGCAAGCUGAACCAGCGUGAGACCGAUAUAAGUAUAAUCACAUGGUCUGGAUGCAAUCACCAUAAAUUUGAGAAGAAGAAAAACUCUUGAAAGGCAUUCGAAUAGGUGAACUGGUCUCGAUUAAUUACUUACGAGGCGACUGUAACUAAACGGCAUCAUUCUCCAAAAGUGUCACAAAGUUAAAAUCAUCUUAACUGAAAGAGAGAGAGAGUGUUCAGUGUGAUGCUCACUCUACCAUUUCACGAUUGUCUUUGGGAAACUCGGCCCUGAUCCUUCGUUUCUAUCCGUAAAGAGUGCUGAUCACAUAGUGAGAUACACGUUAUAUCAUCUAGGACAGGAGUGUUAAAUAUAAAACCCAAUAAAGGUUAGAAUUCAGCCAACCAAACAGUUUUAAUAGUCUAAAAUAGUAUUAAAAUUGAGUCUAUGUUCUAAAGUAAAAGAGUUUUGUGGACCGUAAUUGAAUUAAAAGAUUGGGAAGGCUUUAUGCUUCGUUCAGUGUAACUCAGAAGUGGGAAGUCAGAACUCUGGGGGGGAAAAAACAUGGACGCCUCCAUGUUCAACAAGCUAACUGUGAAGAGUGAUGUAUAUUUACCUCCUCAAAAUAGUGAACUGUACAGUCGGUGUUAUAGAUUUAACAAGCGAAGAUGUCCGUAUGUUGAUUGAUCUAAAGUAAAUACUUGUGUAUAUGCAGUAUAACUCAUUUAAAAGUAAACAAGUGCUAUUGUUUACUGUUGAUGCUGUGAGCAGCCAUUUUGAUUUGAUGUCACUUGCUGAACUCAGGGUUCAUGAGACCGUCCCGAGCUGAUGAGAAGGAAUUGAGAGGGCGUUUUUUUUGUUUUUUCCUAAUCGGAGGUCAGAGUUUAUUCGAAUGCAGCAUUAGUCUCUGCUCUUACACUAGGGGGACUAAAUAGAAAAAUUAACUCAGCUUCUUACAAAAUUAUAUUUAAUCCUUCAUUAGCAAGCUAAAAAUCUGAAAUAUAUUCCCAAUUAAUUCCAUUUCAUUUCCAGGCUGUAACACUAUAAAAUGUGGAAAAUUCAAGAGGGCGAAUACUUGCGCAAAGCACUAUGCUGAAACCAUAAUUUAGACUAUUUGUUUUCUUGGUAAUGAAUUAAACUAUUCACGUGUUCUUCUCAGGUGAUAUACUGUAUAUUUAAUCCAUUUGUUUUUAUCAGUAGAGAUGGCACUGAUCGGAUACUCAGGAU